GGAGUCUCCCCUCGGGCAAAAGUCUUGGUCUACGCCAGUGAUCGCUGCCAUCCGCACCCUUUUGCACGUCUAGACUCUAACCUCACUUCACUUUCACUUUCACCUCCCCCUUUAAUCAAUGUUUACUUCUUCCGAAUCCCUGAAACCGUAAAAGACCUCAAAUUAAAUGUCGUUUUUUAGAGCUGUUCCGCAAAUGGGGUGCUGUUUUAGAUCUGGGUUUUGCCUUUUUGUCCUCCUUGUUUGUGUAAGUCUUCUUGGGUUUGUUUCUGUUUCUGCUGAGAUUCGAAAACCUAAGAACGUUCAGGUCGCUGUUCGCGCCAAGUGGUCUGGCACUCCAUUGCUUUUAGAAGCUGGAGAAUUACUAUCUAAUGAAAGGAAAGACCUUUUUUGGAAGUUCAUUGAUUCCUGGUAUCAUGCUGAAGGCGAUACCAAUACUUAUACAGCGAAAGGUUGCCUUACAAGAAUUCUGAAACAUGGUAGCUCUUUAUUAGGUGAAUCAUUGGCUUCACUAUAUGAGUUCUCCCUUAUGCUAAGAUCAGCAUCCCCGAGAUUGGUGCUUUACCGCCAGCUAGCAGAAGAGUCUCUUUCUUCUUUUCCACUGGUUGAAGAGGGUAAUUCAGAAGCAAGUGAAAAUCUGGAAAUCAAAGUAUCGGAUUCCUUACUUGUUGGUGUAAAUCCAAAAAGUCCUGGUGGAAAAUGUUGUUGGGUGGAUACUGGUGGGGCGUUGUUCUUUGACAUUAAGGAACUGUUAUUGUGGCUUUGGAAUCCCUCUGAAGGUGCUGGAGACUCAUUUCAGCCACCCGAAUUGUUUGAUUUCGAUCACAUUCACUUUGAUUCAAGUGCUACAAGUCCAAUUGCUAUUCUUUAUGGUGCUCUUGGAACUGAUUGCUUUAAGGAGUUUCAUAUUGCUUUAGUUCAAGCUGCUAAAGAGGGAAAAGUGAAGUAUGUAGUUAGAUCAGUUUUACCGUCUGGUUGUGGGGCAAACACUGGUGUUUGUGGUGCUGUUGGUGCUGGAGAUUCGUUAAAUUUGGGUGGCUAUGGUGUUGAGCUUGCUUUGAAGAAUAUGGAAUAUAAGGCUAUGGAUGAUAGUGCAGUAAAAGAAGGUGUCACCCUAGAAGAUCCUCGGACAGAAGAUCUUAGCCAAGAAGUUAGAGGGUUCAUAUUUUCUAAAAUUAUGGCGCGCAAACCAGAGCUUACAUCUGAGAUAAUGGCUUUCAGGGAUUAUCUGUUGUCAUCCACAGUAUCAGACACCCUUGAUGUUUGGGAACUAAAGGAUUUAGGGCAUCAAACUGCUCAGAGAAUAGUUCAUGCCUCUGACCCUCUGCAGUCGAUGCAAGAAAUUAGCCAAAAUUUUCCAAGUGUGGUUUCUUCAUUAUCUCGUAUGAAGCUCAAUGAUUCAAUUAAAGAAGAGAUAACUUCAAACCAGCGUAUGAUGCCCCCUGGGAAAUCCAUAAUGGCCCUUAAUGGUGCUUUGAUCAAUGUUGAAGAUAUUGACCUUUACAUGUUGAUUGACUUGGUUCAUCAAGAUUUAUCCUUGGCUGAUCAAUUUUCAAAAUUGAAGAUUCCACAUAGCAUCAUAAAGAAACUUCUAUCAGUUGUGCCUCCUUCUGAGUCCAAUAUGUUCCGUGUUGAUUUUCGUUCUACUCAUGUACAUUAUCUCAAUAACCUGGAAGAAGAUGCUAUGUAUAGGCAAUGGCGGAGCAAUAUAAAUGAGAUUUUGAUGCCUGUCUACCCUGGACAACUACGUUAUAUUCGGAAGAACCUCUUUCAUGCUGUUUAUGUUCUUGAUCCAGCCACCGCCCAAGGUCUUCAGAUUAUUGACAUGAUUACAUCUUUGUACGAGAAUAAUUUCCCAGUUAGAUUUGGUGUGAUUCUCUAUUCAACCAAGUUUAUCAAUAAGAUUGAAGUAAGUGGUGGUGAGCUCGAGUCUUCUGCUGUGGAAGAUGACAGUCAAGUCAAGGAGGAUAUAUCCAGCUUGAUUAUACGUCUUUUCUGUUAUAUUAAGGAAAACCAUGGGUCCCAAACUGCUUUCCAGUUAUUGAGCAAUAUAAAUAGAUUAAGGAUGGAGUCAGAGGAUUCUGCAGAUGAUGCUCUUGAAAUGCAUCAUGUUGAGGGAGCUUUUGUAGAAACCAUAUUACCAAAGGCAAAAUCUCCACCUCAAGAUUUGUUACUAAAGCUGGAAAAGGAGCAAACUUUGAAGGAGCAAUCUCAAGAGACUACAAUGUUUGUUUUCAAACUGGGUUUGGCCAAGCUGCAGUCUUGCCUCUUGAUGAAUGGUCUUGUAUAUGAUUCUAAUGAGGAGACGCUUAUAAAUGCCAUGAAUGAUGAGCUUCCAAGAAUACAAGAACAAGUUUAUUAUGGACAUAUAAAUUCUCGUACUGAUGUGCUGGACAAAUUCCUAUCAGAAAAUGGUAUUAUUCGCUAUAAUCCACAGAUUGUCACCGAUGCCAAGUUCAAACCUAGGUUUAUUUCUUUGGCUUCAUCAAUUCUUGGAGGGGAGUCUUUGCUCAAAGAUCUUAACUAUUUGCAUUCUCCUGGAACUAUGGAUGAUGUGAAGCCUGUUACACAUCUUCUGGCUGUUGAUGUCACAUCAAAGAAGGGGAUAAAGCUACUUCGCGAAGGGAUUCAUUUUCUGAUCAGAGGAUCUAAAGGUUCUCGUCUGGGUGUUCUCUUUAGUGCUAGUCAGCACAUAGAUUCAUUUAGUCUCCUUUUUGUAAAGGCUUUUGAAGUCACUGCAUCAGCACACAGCCAUAAGAAAAAGGUACUUGAAUUUUUGGAUCAACUAUGCUCAUAUUAUGAGCGUACCCUUGCAUCUCCAGUAUCUGCUGAAAACACUCAAGCAUUUAUUGAUAAGAUCUGUGAGUUUGCUGAGGCAAAUGGCUUAUCAUCAAAAGGUUUUAUGUCCUCUCUUCCUGAAUAUAAUGAUGGGAGCAUGAGAAAGUAUUUGAAUAAGGUGGCGCAAUAUUUGAAUAAGGAACUUGGAGCUGAGUCUGGUGUUAAUGCUGUCAUUACUAACGGAAGGGUUAUUUCUCCUAUUGAUGCAAGCACAUUUCUGAGUCAUGAUCUAGAUCUUUUGGAGUCGGUGGAGUUCAAGCACAGAGUAAAGUACAUCUGGGAAAUAGUAGAAGAAGUGAACUGGCUUGAUGAGAAUCCAGACAUAGACCCAGACAUGCUCACAAGUAAAUUUGUAAGUGAUAUCGUUAUGCUUGUGUCAUCUUCCUUGGCUAUGCGGGAGCGAGGUUCUGAAAGAGCACGUUUUGAGAUUUUAAGUGCGGAGCAUAGUGCCGUUGUUUUAAACAGUGAGAAUUCUGUUAUUCAUGUUGAUGCGGUUAUUGAUCCUUUAAGUUCAACUGGCCAGAAGCUUUCUUCCAUUCUUAGAGUACUGCAGAAAUACACUCGAUCAAGCAUGAGAAUUAUACUGAACCCAGUGAGUUCCCUUGUGGAUCUUCCUCUGAAGAAUUACUACAGAUAUGUUAUUCCAACCAUGGAUGAUUUCAGCAGUAGCGAUUCCUCAAUAAAUGGCCCAAAAGCCUUUUUCGCAAAUAUGCCAUUGUCCAAAACCCUCACCAUGAAUCUUGAUGUACCAGAGCCCUGGCUUGUUGAGCCUGUUGUUGCUGUUCAUGAUUUGGAUAAUAUUUUGCUUGAGAAGCUGGGUGAGACAAGGACAUUGCAGGCAGUUUUUGAGCUGGAAGCUCUUGUCCUUACUGGUCAUUGUUCGGAGAAAGACCGUGAUCCCCCUCGAGGCCUUCAGCUAAUUCUUGGAACAAAGAGUAGGCCUCACUUAGUUGAUACUCUUGUGAUGGCCAAUUUGGGUUAUUGGCAGAUGAAGGUCUCUCCUGGGGUCUGGCACCUGCAACUUGCUCCUGGAAGAAGUUCUGAGCUUUAUGUCCUUAAGGAAGAUGGUGAUGCAAGCCAGGGAAAAUCUUUGUCAAAACGUAUCACCAUAAAUGACUUGCGGGGUAAAGUAGUUCAUAUGGAAGUUGUAAAGAAGAAGGGCAAGGAGCAUGAAAAAUUGCUGGUUUCUGAUGAUGAUCAUUCUCAAGAAAAGAAAGGUAGCUGGAACUCUAACAUUCUCAAAUGGGCUUCUGGUAUUAUUGUUGGUAGCGAGAAAACCAAAAAGAAGGAUGGCACUUCAGUGGACCAUAGGAAAGGCGAACGACGCGGAAAAACAAUUAAUAUAUUUUCUAUUGCUUCAGGACACUUAUACGAGCGCUUUCUCAAAAUCAUGAUUCUAAGUGUCUUAAAGAACACCCAUCGUCCAGUGAAAUUCUGGUUUAUAAAAAACUAUCUCUCUCCCCAGUUUAAGGAUGUGAUUCCACAUAUGGCACAAGAAUAUGGUUUCGAGUAUGAACUGGUCACCUAUAAAUGGCCUACAUGGUUGCAUAAGCAGACUGAAAAACAGCGAAUCAUCUGGGCUUAUAAGAUCUUAUUUCUUGAUGUUAUUUUUCCCCUCUCAUUGGAAAAGGUUAUAUUCGUUGAUGCGGAUCAAAUUGUCAGGGCUGACAUGGGAGAGCUCUAUGACAUGGAUAUAAAGGGAAGACCUCUUGCAUAUACUCCAUUUUGCGAUAACAACAAGGAUAUGGAUGGAUAUCGAUUUUGGAGACAAGGUUUCUGGAAAGAACAUCUACGUGGGAAACCAUACCAUAUUAGUGCUUUAUAUGUUGUCGACUUGAAAAAGUUUCGUCAGACUGCUGCUGGAGAUAACUUAAGAGUUAUUUAUGAAACGCUUAGCAAGGAUCCAAACAGUCUGGCCAAUCUAGAUCAGGAUCUUCCAAACUAUGCCCAACAUACAGUACAGAUUUUUUCACUGCCCCAGGAAUGGCUCUGGUGUGAGUCAUGGUGUGGUAAUGUUACAAAGUCUAAGGCAAAAACCAUUGAUCUUUGCAACAAUCCUAUGACAAAGGAACCGAAGCUUCAGGGUGCUAGAAGAAUAGUUUCUGAGUGGCCAGAUCUUGACGCUGAGGCUCGACAGUUCACUGCAAAAAUCUUAGGUGACGAAGUGGAGCGUCAAGAGACAGCAGCGUCUCCCAUUCAACCAGUGACAUCAAAAAGUGAUGCUUCCUCCAAAGGAACAGAACCAUCACAUACUUCAACAAGUGAUGCUUCCUCCAAAGGAACAGCACCAUCACAUACUUCAACAAGUGAUUCUUCAUCUGAAAAACACUCGGAAUCCAAAGCAGAGUUGUGAAAUUAACAUAUAGGCAAAUUUUAGGUCAGAUUAUAUUUCAAGUUUCGGUCAGAAUCCCUGGACUCUUUGUCUUGCAUUAUAUAACAUGCUCCAAGUUCUUCGUCUUGAGCAAGUCGAAAGAUUCUUCUCUUGCAGGACGAAUUCAUUAAGUUAUGCCUUUCUGAUCAAAUUUUUCAUAGAUUGCUGGUGGAAUGGCUGGUUAGAAUUUUCCAAGAUUUUAAGUAAAAGAGAUUUAUUUAUAGACCAAAGAAAGUUUGGAAGGCUGAAUUACUGAAAAGCUAAAUCAUGUUUAGUGAUAGAAAAAAUUUUGACUAAGUGUAACAUUUCAUGAAUAAUGAAUGUGUUGGCUGAACAUUUUAUCAUUAGUAAUUAUACCAUUAUGGUUACUCUUUGUGAUUUAAA